AUAAAAAAAGGAAUAUCGUUGAUUCCCAUGAUUAUUAGAGCACCAAACAAAGAAAGAGAGAAAGAAUUAACUAAACAUAAAACAAAAGAAGAGACCAGAGAAAAUGCAGACUGCCUUAUCAUCAUCAUCAUUAUUGUCCAUCAUCAUGAAUAACAAGAACCCACCACCAAAGUUGCAGUUAUUGCCUGCCUCCAUCUCCAAGACUUGCAGGUUUGAUUCAAUCAGAUCAAAUGCGCAGUCUGUCAACUACAGCUCCCCAAUCUCUGUAUUUCCAGCAGAAGCAUGUGAAACAGUUGGUGGAGAGGCAUGUCUUGCGGACAUAGGUCCAGAAGUGAAGCUCGAACCAGCUCAGCCCAACAUCCCAAAAAAGACAGCAUCUGAGCCUAUUGAUAGGGAGUAUUUGGAUUACACGCAAGAUUCCAGGACGGUGCUUCUGGGAGAGGCUUGCGAGGUUCUGGGAGGAGACUUCUGUGAGCCGCCAUACCCCAAAUAAUAUGAUGAUGUUGGAUAUAUGUACAUGUACAUGUAUAUGUUUAUGUAAUGCAAUGAGACUUCCUUCUUGUCCUAA